CUUUCAACUUCCCGCCUUCCACUUUUGCCAAACAAACUUGAAAUGACCACGCAUCGCUUCACUGCAUCUGCUCGGUCUUCGCACUGAACAGGGCAACUAGAGGCGGGAGGGUUUCCUAAGACAACAUUGUAUUUGACCUGCUUGGUCCAAGCUGUGGCAUCCAGUUUGCGAGUUUUAAAUUGCAAAAAGCCGACAAAGGCUCCCACAGCUGUCCAUUACUGUCAACACUGGACAAGCAAUCUGCGAUCGUAAUUUUAGUGAGCUUCUGCACAUAAACAAGCAUCGCGACCAUUCACACCAUCGCUGCCAGAUUCAUCAUUGUCAACCCAAUCAGCCAUCUACCCGGAGCUUACCCGGAGCUUGCCCGGUUUGCCAGCUCGAGCCCAACCAUCCAAUUGCACAUUUAGCAUUGUGCUGGGCCUUCGCCUCAGCCGCCGAGCAUGGCCUACACGGAUGAUGCCGUGCUCUCCAAGCUCUCGGCGCUGAACGAGAGCCACGAGAGCAUUGCCACCACAGCGCAAUGGAUCAUGUUCCAUCGACGACAUGCAUCCCAGACGGUGCAUCUGUGGCUGACCAAGCUGAAGGAUCUACCAAGCUCCAAGAGGCUUAACAUGAUAUAUCUUGCCAACGAGGUUACACAGCAAUCCAAGGCUCGGCACAAGGAUGACUUCCUCAACGCUUUUUCCCCCUUCAUUGCUGACGCCACGGCGGUGGCAUACAAGGGUGCGCCAGCCGAUGUCCAAGGGAAGCUGCGCAGGGUUGUGGAGGUGUGGAAAGAGCGCAGCAUCUUCGACAGAGACAUCCUGCAGGAUUUGGACAACAAAUUGGCCGAGAUCGACAAGACGCGCCCGGGAGCCAACGUUGGUGGCUUCGGCGGUCAUGCAUUCAGUUCCGCGGGACCGCCGAUCCCCUCAGAGCUCACUCCUCUGGUUGCACCUCAGCAGGCUAUCACUAAAGCCGUCCAGCCCAUGAAAAGCGCGCUCAACACGGCCAAUUCCGACUACGAGAAGCUGGCCGAUCCCAGCACUACCACGGCAGCUCUCCCAGUUCAGGCGGCGCGACUUAGUGGCCUAUUGAAGACACUAGCUAAUGCCGAAGGGGCUGUCACACAAUGCAUUCGGGCGCGCAAGGAUUUGAUCAAGGAGCUUGAAAAGAUCCUGGCAAUGAACCGCGAAGCCCUCGACGCUGAUGAGAAGCAGAUGAUGCAGCUGAGCGGGAGACGGACUGAGGUCGAGCAGAAGAAGCAGGCAGUGGAAAUGGCUAUUAUCGGUGGUCUCUCCUCGGCCGGCGAGGAGCAGUCGACCCGAGGUCACAGUCCCGUCCCAGAGCCUGACCGCCCACAGGUCGAGGCGCUCACGCCUCCCCACGUGCAGGACCAUGGCGACGAUUUCUACGGGACUUCUUCCUCCGCUGGUCAUGAGGCACCAAAUGGUCAGCACCAGCCCGUACCCUUCCACAGUGCACCGGCCUCCGGGAAUGCACAGCCUGCAUUCUCUACCUCGGCUCCGGACCUGGAGAUGCUUUCAAACGUCGCUUCUCAAUACCAGGCCGUGCCUCUGAAUGGAAAUAAAAAACGCAAAAUCGAGGCAUCAUCGGACGAGUUUCCAGACUUGGGCGGUGAUGAUGGGAUCGAUGCAGACGUUAAGGAGAUGCUGAGAAAGGAAAGUCAUUGACUAGUGGCUUGGUAUGGAAAUUGUGAAAAGGGCUUAAUCGCUUGCAUGAUGGGCCUGUUUGUUGAACUUUGUGGUGAGGUGGUGAGCGUGCCGCCGUGGCUCAGCUCAUCUCUCUAUUUUCACGAUUCGAGUUGUGAAUGAAGCAUUCAGAUGGACUAUGGUUGUGCCUAAGCUCACUCCGUGAGCUGAUUGUAUUCUUCGGACAUUUAGCUGUUCGGGAGGACAAACUGUGCUGGAUCAGAACUCGAUUCCCCUUUUUGGUGUUGGCUCGUUGGCUGGGAGUGCUGAUAUGCAGGGGUUCGCAGCUGUCCUGUGUCGCCAAGCCGGGUCCUUCUGAGCGCUGUGGACCACGAG